AUGGCGGCCAACGAAUUUUACAAUCCCUACGGCUUUCAACAACCGGUACAUCCACACUCCAGCACCAAUACCUUUCCCCCAGCACACUCUCCUUCGCCAUAUGGAGUCUAUGGAAACCCAUUUGACCGGGAUCCUAGUCAGUACUCUCACGGUUCGCAUCUUGACUAUCCCACCUACCCCACCGUCCACAGCCAUGGCGUGACAGGAGGUAAUGCUGCUCCCGAUGUCAUGAUGGGAAGGCUGCAUGGGGCUGAUCAAUACGCAGACGACAUCCCUCUGAAGAACAAUGUCCAGACCACCACUAGUGGGCGGCCAGAGUGGAUGCAUGCAGAUACGCAUUACCGCCCGGACCGUGAGAGCCAGCGCGUGCCGUUGAACCCGAACCCGAUGAGCGAUCAUCCUAGAGGCUGGAAGGGGAGGCGCUGGUUUAAGAAGAAAAUACCGUGGGUUACGUAUUUUCUGACAGCUGUGCAGAUUGCGGUUUUUAUUGCUGAGCUCGUGCGAAGUGCCAAAUUGACAGGAUCCCCCAUCAUGACUAGACCAGAGUUUAACCCUAUGAUCGGUCCAUCACCCUAUAUCCAGAUUAACAUGGGUGCCCGCUUCGUUCCCUGCAUGCGGAACGAGGAAGGUGUCCAAAACAACAAGAAUGUCACAGGCGACCUCGUCCCCUUCCCUUGCCCCCGUAGCACCUCCUCAGACCCCAUCUCUCCCGAAAACCAAUGUACCCUCUCCGAACUCUGCGGGUUCAGCAAGCGCCACAGAGUUCCCGAUCCAAAACCCAACGGAAGCAUCAAGCAGAAACCAGAACCCAAUCAAUGGUUCCGCUUCAUCGUACCCAUGUUCCUCCAUGCGGGCCUGGUCCACAUUGGCUUCAACAUGAUGGCCCAGUUAACCAUUGGUGCGGACAUGGAACGAACAAUCGGCUGGUGGAGAUAUGCCAUCGUCUAUUUCGCCUCGGGGAUCUUUGGCUUUAUUCUCGGUGCUAACUUUGCUGCAUCCGGUAUCGCAUCUACAGGUGCGUCGGGAUGUCUUUCCGGCAUCCUGGCCCUCGCCUGUUUAGACCUCUUUUAUACGUGGGGUAGCAGACCAAAACCCGUCACCGAACUCAUCAUCAUGCUAAUCACGAUUGCGAUAUCGUUUGUCCUCGGUUUGCUUCCUGGUUUGGAUAACUUUUCGCAUAUCGGAGGGUUUCUCGUUGGACUUGUGCUGGGCAUUUCCCUUCUUCGUUCACCCGAUCGACUACGGCGCAUCGGAGCUUCUGGGGACCCGUACGAACCCGUGGUUGCCAGUGGGGCGCUUGUCGAGGACGGAGUUGAAUCGAAGAAGAAGAUGAAGAAUAAGUUCAUGGCUACGAAGCCUGUUAAGUUUUUUACGGGGCGUAAGCCCCUCUGGUGGGUGUGGUGGCUUGUGCGGGCAGGGACACUUGUGGGAAUUGUUAUUGCGUUUAUUUUGCUGUUGAAUAAUUUCUACAAAUAUCGGUCCAAGUGUGGGUGGUGCAAGUAUUUGUCGUGUUUGCCUAUCCAAGGCAAGAAUUGGUGCGAUGUUGGGAAGAUUGUUUAA